UAUUUUUUAUUGAAUCAAUCAUCGCGUAACGAGAAGAAAUCAUAGUGGUUCUUACCUACGGACGGAACGACGUUUCAAAUUAACCAUCCAAGUAAACUGUGGAUAGACACAGCGAGUGAGUGCAACGAACAGAGUGGAAGCGACUCACCAGACGAGAGCGAGCGAUUGUGAGUUAUUCACCGAUCGUCGUGCAGAGAGCGUGAGUGAUAUCAAUACCUCGGGUUCAAGCGAGUCAGUCCCAUCGGCGGCAGCUCAUUCGAUUCCCGGACGUCGUCAGGUUGUGAAGUGUCGAGUGUUUAACUCUCCAGUGUGACCCCCCCCGUGUGUCACAACUACUAAUAAGUGUGAAAGUGAUUUUCAUCAGUUUGAAAAAAUACAAGAAUUAUGUCGGCUAAAGUGCAGGAAAACGGAGAAAUCGCCCAGACUGGCGAGAAUCAGAGCAAUCUGUUUGCGAGUCUGCAAUCACUGGACCGUAUGCUCCAGUUGCCGGUCGUGGACGCAACCUGGCAGCAGACCCAAAAUGUCUAUGGACGCGUGAAAGAUUACAACCCGCUGCUGAACUGGGCCUUCGGAACCGCCGAGGACGUAGUGCACCGUGCCGUCUGCAUCUCCGCUCCGCUGGUGCACAAGUUCGACCGCCCACUGCAGCUGGUCGACCAGACUCUGGUCAAGGGCAUCGACCGCCUGGAAGUCUCGGCUCCCAUCAUUAAGGAACAACCGCAGGAGAUCUACAAUCAGGCCAAGUGCAAGGUUCUGGACACGGUCAAACCCUACACCGAGAAGGUCUGCGAACUCCGACAGGCAUCGCAGCAGAAGGCCGCCUCCCUCAAGGAACUGUCCUGGAAGAAGGCCAACGAAGUACUGGCCAGCCAGUACGGAAGCAUUGCCGUGAACGGCGUCGACUCGACGGUAAAGGUGGCCGAACGCCUGCUGGACCUCUACUUCCCCAAGUGCGAAGGCGACGUCGAGGAGGAUAAUGCUCCCAUCUCGGCCAAGGACGAUCCGGUGCUGCACACAGUUCAAACCGUCGGUCGCCUGUCGAACAAAGUUGCCCGCCGCGUCUACCGGACCGUAUCGAAACAGGUCAAAUCCCUCCGCAAGGAAGACGUCAAAGACUACGUCGCCACGCUCAUUGCCGUUCUCCGCCUGACCCAGUACCUCAACUUCCUGAACGAUAAACGACAACAGCAAGCCGUGGAAGAUCAACCCACCUCUUCCAGCAGCACCUCCACCUCAACCUCCACCACCACCGCCGCCGCCUCUACCUCCAAAACAUCGGACGUGGUUGCCACGACCAAUAGCAGCAAGACGCUCCAACAGCAGCAAGAAGGUGGCGACGAUCAGAAAUCACAGUAGACGUGUGCCGGUACAAAAUUGUACAUCUAUGUGCGUGUGAGUGUGCGGGUGUGCAAACCAUAAGCGAACUGAUUAACUAGUAGAAUGUUAAUGUAAUCGUAACUAUUUUUGCAUUUUUUUUUCUGUCAAAUGAAAAGCUAAAUAAUUAAAUUGGGAAAUGUUUCAUCCUAAAGCUAAUUCGGUGAUGAAAUGUACGUCGAAUGUGUGAAUCUUUCUGCGAGCAUGUAACUGUGUGUGCGGGUAUGUGUGAGUGUAGGACAUCGUUUACUGUUAAUAUAGUACACCUAGGGAAGCGAAGAUUGUCUAGUCCUGGAGCCUAAUUUUUCCCAGGAAUAUAGAGAAAUUUCAAGAGAAGCUUAUAUUUUCCCAAUUUUUGAAACAAACCUUAUUUUUUUUAAAAUGAGCUAUAUUAUUGUUUACUCGUAUGUUUAUGAUUAUUUUUUUGUAAAAGUAAAACAUGAAAAACAUCAAAAACAA